UCUCAACCUCCAUUUUUGUCUUUCAAAAUGGAAAAGCCAAUACCAAAAUUUGUGCAAAGUUCAGUCACCAUUAAUCCUUACAAAUCCAAAGAUCACUACCCCAAAAAAGCCAAGGGCAUGUCCUUCUUUGCCUUUGUUUUGUCUAUUUUUAUCUAUAUCUCUAUCUUCUAUAUCUUCAACCUCUCCCUUUCAAAGCUCUUCAAAAACUCCAAGUUCUGGUUCUUCAUUUCCAACACUCUCAUUAUCAUAAUUCUAGUAGAUUAUGGUGCAUUCUCAUCCUCCAAAGAUUACAAUAAACAGCAUGAUCUUUAUCAGGACUACAUAAUGAGAAGGCAAACAAGUUUUCCAUCUUCUUGCAGACAAUAUUAUUCUCAAAUUAUCAGAACUUGCAUUCCUGAAGAAGAAGCUCUAGUGGACUUGCAGGAGAAGACAAAAGUAACCCAUCAAAGAAACAAAGUCCCUGCAAAAGUAAGCUUGGCAGUUGCCACUAAUAAGAAGAAGCUUGAAAGUUGUCUAAAACAAGAAAACGUUAAUGGAGGUGGUCAGGCAAAAACAUUUCAUCGUAGCAAGUCGGAUAUCACGAAAAGGGUAGUGAUUGAUGAGAGUAAGAACAUUAUUACAAGGGUAGAAACUGAGAAAUAUGACUCACCACCAGAGCCUGUAGUUGAAGAAAAUAAUAAAAAUGAUUAUGCAAAUAUGUCCAAUGAAGAAUUAAACAGAAGAGUUGAGGAGUUUAUUCAAAGAUUCAACAGGCAGAUUCGACUUCAGAGAGAUGUUUAUUAGAGUAGAAAUUCAAGUAGAUGAAUUCGGGUUGCGACCAACGAAGAGGCCAUCUAGCUAGAAAACUGUACUGUAAGCCAUAGAAUAAAGGAGAAUUUGAACAGAGGAGACAUAUAUUAGUCCUUAAGACAUUUGCUGUGUCUUUUAGCUUAUAUCUUUGUCUGUCUUGUCAUC